CUUUACAAGCUGCCGUUGUUACGUAAAUAAAGGUUAACCCAAGCUAACAGCUAACGUCAAUCUCACAAAGUUCAGCGCCUGUUAAGCUCUUCUCUAAACAAAGUUUUGGACAUAUUUUGCAAUCAUCCAUGUUUUCUUGUGAGGUGAACUGUAAACAAGAGAAGCCUAACAGGAUGACCAGUGUGCUCUGCAGCAGAGCUCGGCUGGUGACAUACCUGCCAGGGCUUCAUGUUCUAGUUCAUCGUGUUGUUGGAGCCAGGACUUUCUCCGGGGCGUCCGGCUCAGAUGUGACAAACCUUCACAGCAGUACCCCUGACACUGCACAAAGGACAGUGUUGCUGGACGAGACCAUGGGCCCGUUCGGACCUCAGGAUAAGGGUUUCCAGUUGCCGGGUAACAUGGGUUUUGACUGUCAUUUGGAGGGUCCAGUGGAGCAGAGGACCUCAGCGAUCCGCGGCGUGAUGCCAGACGUGCUCACUGCUCAGUCCAGCAGCGAGAGGCACAGCUUCAUCCUAGCCCAGUUCAUCAAUGAGCUUCAUGAAAGUGAUAAAACAUCCACAGAACAGAACGUGGAUAAAGCAGAGCACUUCUUCGAUCAUUCCAGUGUGGAGUGUGCCAUUCAGUCUUGCCCUGAAUUGUUAAAGAAAGAUUUUGAGUCCAUGUUCCCUGAGGCCCCGUCGACCGCCAUGAUGGUGGUCACAGUGACUCAGAAAACACAGAACGACAUGACGGCCUGGACUGAGCAAGUGGACCAGGAGAGAGAAGAGCUGCUCGAUAAAUUUGUUGCAGGUGCAAAGGAGAUAUGCCAUGCUCUCCGAACAGAAGGAUUCUGGGCUGAUUUCAUUGACCCAUCAUCUGGACUUGCAUUCUUUGGUCCAUACACAAACAACACGCUCUUUGAAACGGAUGAAAGGUAUCGCCAUUUAGGUUUUCAGAUCGAGGACCUGGGCUGUUGUAAAGUGAUUUGGCACAUCUUGUGGGGGACGCACGUUUUUGUGGGCACACUUCUCACCACAGCACCACCCAACAGCCAGAUCAUGAAGAAGCUACAAGGGAACUAAAGUUAAUUAGUCAAAGAUGCUGAGUCGGCUUGGGAACACUAUUAAUAUCAAAACCAAACCUCACCUUUGAGAUGAUUAGCACAGUAAAAACACACUUGCAUCACAUAAUGCACUUAGUCAAGUUGCCCAGUGGCUGCUGCUGGAAAUUAUUAUUUAUUUAGGUAUUUAUUUUUGUAGAUCAAGAGGCACUUUUGGUGUGACUUGUAUUUUUGCUACAGAGGGAAGUUCUGUGUCACAUGUCCAGCAUCUUUCAGUCUCUCUCUUCCUCUAUGUUGCCUUUCUUCUACUACAGACCUCAAAGGAACUAAAAUGUGACAGCUUAAAUGUUUCACACCAUUGCUCCAUUUAAGUGUGUAUUUAGUAUUUGUUUUUUUUUUUGUCCAUACAUUAUAUUUAAAACUUUUCAGUAGUGAUUAAAAGCCUUCAGUUUAAUUCAGUAUUGUCAGAUUUCUUCAUAGCUUUAUGAUAGGCACAAUAAAUAAUUAAGGAGUAUCA